UAUUACAGAGAUCCUGGAAGCAUCAUUAAGCUUUAAUUGUUAGGAUUUCACUUCAUCCAGAGGGGAAAAAACAUCAUAUUAUUUCAUUAUAAUCAUGAGCUAUAGUUGCAGUGUUUAUAGACUAAACACACCCACACCAGCCUCCCACUUAAACUGUACUGGUCCCAUCAUAUCUGUCACACAGUCCAUUUAUAGCCCAGGGUUUUAACGCACGCCUCCGGGUCAGCGACUGCGUCUACUCACUCCCAUGCAGACUUUGCUUUGCCCCGGAGGGAUCGCGGCUGCUGGGGGUGUGGGAGGAAAGCCGAGCUUCACGACGAAGGGUGGUGGGUGGAUGGGUGGUGGGACGUGGUUAUGAAGCUGAUUGCUGCGUGACGUUGGCGAAUUGCAGCAAUCUCCAAACUGUACGUGAAGGAGAGACCGGCCAGGACGCACUGGAUACAGCAGAUCUGGGGAGGGAAGCGGAGGAAGGGGGUGGGGGGAUCCGACAGAGGUAGAGAGAGAGAGAAAUUAAAAACAGGGGGUUGGAUGGAUGUGAGGGGACAGACAGCAGGACACCGGCUCUAGAAACAUCAAGGGUCCCAUCAAGAGGUCUGGUGUCUGCACCAAAUCAGCCUCAGGGAUGUAGUCGAAGCGGUUCGGAGCUCUGCCCAUCCGAGCUCAUCAUCAUGAAGAAACACUCUGCAAGGGUUGCCCCGCUGUCCGCCUGCAACAGUCCGGUGCUCACCCUCACCAAAGUGGAAGGGGAAGAUCGCUCCAGAGAGAAUGUGGUGGGCACCACAGACGCGCAGUCGGCCGGUGCUGCGGGAGCAGAGUCCGGCUCCAGCAGACGGCGGCUUCACUGCUGCAUCCGAGUGACAGCUGUACAAGUGCGGAAGGCUCUAUGGGGAGUCGCCAUGGUGAUGUGCGUGUGUUCCUCCUGGGCAGGCUCCACCCAGCUGGCCAAGCUGACCUUUAAGCAGUUUGAUGCUCCCUUCACCCUCACCUGGUUCGCCACCACGUGGAACUGCCUCUUCUUCCCCCUCUACUACAUCGGCCACCUGUGCAAGAGUCCGGAGAGGCAGACAGCCAGGCAGAGGUUAAGGGAGUGCUGCAGGUUUUUCGGAGACGAUGGGCUGACGCCGAAGGUGUUUUUCACCAAGGUAGCUCCUUUUGGCCUGCUGUGGAUCCUCACCAACUACCUGUACCUGCAGGCCCUCAGGAAGAUCAACACAACAGAUGUGUCAGCGCUAUUCUGUUGUAACAAGGCCUUCGUCUUCCUGCUGUCAUGGAUCGUGCUCAGAGACCGCUUCAUGGGGGUCAGGAUAGUAGCUGCUAUCUUGGCCAUAGCAGGCAUCGUAAUGAUGACCUAUGCCGAUGGAUUCCACAGCCACUCGGUCAUCGGCAUUGCUUUGGUCGUGGCCUCUGCUUCGAUGUCAGCGCUCUAUAAGGUGCUCUUUAAGAUGGUGCUGGGAAGUGCCAAAUUUGGAGAGGCUGCACUCUUUCUGAGCAUCGUUGGAAGCACCAAUUUUGUUUUCGUCAGCUUUGUGCCAGUCAUGCUGUAUUUUACACACGUGGAGUACAUCGAGUCACUCAGAGACAUCCCAUGGGCCUACCUCUGUGGGGUCGCAGCCCUGCUUUUCGCUUUCAACGUCCUGGUGAACUUUGGCAUUGCGAUAACAUACCCGACAUUAAUUUCCCUUGGCAUUGUCCUAAGUGUUCCUGUAAACGCCAUGGUGGACCUCUACACGUGUGAAAUUCACUUUAACUCGGUGCGCCUCAUUGCCGUGUUCAUCAUUUGCUUGGGUUUCCUAAUGCUGCUGUUACCAGAGGACUGGGACCAGUGCAUCAUCCAGCUCAGCCAGAAGCUGCGCAAACGUGACGAGCCAGCAGAAGGCAGCGGAGAGGCGGGAGCUGGCACAGGGCUCAACUGGAGAGGGAGAGCCAGGACCUCCAUGUCAACAUAUGCACUUUGAAUAUAUGAAAUAUCAUCACACAAACACAUAUACAUGAGGUGGGAGGGAAAUGGGGCAAUAACCCACGUGACCCGCCUGGUUCCUUGCCUUUUGGACUGCCCUCUGAUCUGCAGCUUUUCAACCAAAGGGGAAGAUGAAGGAGGCUCAGAUUGCGUUUCAUUCAUUUGGCAUCAUUCCUGCUCACAAGUUAACCGAGUUGGUGCAUGGACUUAUAUCAUUUGUAAUCCUUCUUACCCCUAAAAUGAUCAGGUAUAACUGAUUGAACCAUGUGUUAAUUUUGCUGUACCUCUUAAUCAUUCCUCUGAUUCCUCGCCUCUGGGAAGACUCGCCAACUUGCCUGAUAUUUUUCAGUGAGGAGGAAUAAAGGGGCAGACAUCUCUCAAGGCAGCCCCAACACCUUGUAGACCAGCUGGCUUUAACAUGUACACAUUUACACACCUCUAAGAUCCAAAGAAGAAUGCCUACAAAGCUGAAUGCCUGAAAACAGAACAUGAGGCCCGGUAGCCUUCUGCGGGUGUAAACUUAGUGACAAAUACCUGCCUUUUGUGCACUUGUACAUAGCUAUAUUUCACACCUUGGAUGUCCCGGAGCUGUGGACCUGUCAAGCUCAUCUGGUGUGAAGGGACCUGUCUGGACGCCUGAGGAUCAGUCUGAGCUGAAGAAGCUUUCACAAUGCGUCUCUCUAUUCACUCUUAGAGAAGAGGUCAGUUUCAUUUCAUCCGCACUGAUUGGCUCCCCGUGGUUAUGUGCUUUCCUUGGGCUAGACUCCCACUUCUGUAAACACUCACUCAUUGUUCGGGCCCCACAGUUUAGUCACGCGAUAUCUACAUUCGCUUUCAAUGCAUUAUAUCAUUGACGUGUUUGUCAAACAGUGGGAUUGCUUUCAAUCCAUCCACAAAGCAGUUGCCUAACAUUUGCUUUAUGUUGCCAGCACACCGGUAGGAAAUAGGGUGAACAUUUUAUUAACCAAGCAAUUUAAAUAAACACAUUCAAAUAUUGUUAAAAGCUUUGAUAUCUCAAAAUAAGACUGACAGGUUAAUGGAACUACCCCUUUAAUUACUUUAAACACAGCUAUCUCUGAGCCUCUCUUUUAACAUUUUAGUAUCAUAUGCACACAGACAAAUGUGCAGCAGUUCAGUUACAUCGUUUCAUUUCGGGUGGGAAUUACAGACUAGAAAACUGUCCUACUGUGGCUUGAGGAGAGUAGUCCUGACACACGGCUCUUCUCGUGAUCAAAAAAGAAGAAGAAGAAAAAAAAGAAACCUUUGUUUUUCCGCUUUCGUUUAUCACAUUUUUGAGACAAGUUAACAACCAGGUUGACCCCCGAGAGAAACCGAGGUGCACGCCUUGUAAAGCAACGGUGGAAACUCUGCCUUGUUGUGAAUGUACGAACAUCACUCGACCACACACACGCUCGCAAUGUGCUAUCUGUUUUUUACAGUGCCACCACAGACUGCUGCACAGAGACUGUUUAAUACUAUCCUUCUUAUACUCAUCUGAAUGAUUUUCUUUGUCCUUCUUUCUUUAUUGAGACAAACUUGACACAUUUAUAUUUGUUUGCAUUUGGUUGCCGACUUAACCUUGAGAAGACAGCGAGUGACGUCUUGCAGAACGAGCAUGCACGUACUGUACGAGCAGAUGCAGCCGAAAAAGUCCACUUCACUGCCUUUUCUUUGUUUCGCAAUAGAGUACAUUAGCACUGUUUCCCAUUGUCAUUCUGUAUGACAAUAAAUAAUAAUAAUGUAUUCCUCUGGAAUUAUUGCUAGACAUAAAUGUAAACCUUUGUAAGGAAUGACGAUUUUUACACUGAGAUGCAACAUAUGAUUAUCACAUUUGAGGAGGAGAUGUUCCGAACAUGAAUAAAUGACGGGUUUAUUAGAGCUACUGUUGGGUGUCUUCAAGUGUAAUCACAUGUACUAUAUAAAAAUAUUUCUUUUCAAUACA